AUGCAGCCUGCUCUGAAGCUCAUUUUCCACAUACUGUGGGCUCUCCCUUUCCUUGAACCACUUUCUUGGGCUACUCCAACAACACACAUUUCCACUCCCCUUGUCAAUAUCAGAAAUGGAACAUUAGCAGGCUCAUAUGACUCAGUCCGCCAUCAAGAUGCAUUCCUCGGCGUACCAUUCGCAGCGAGCCCGACCGAAGACCUUCGAUUUAGCUUGCCUCAGCCACCAAAGCCUUGGAAGGGGAUCAAAUCAGCCAAGUCAUAUGGACCGUUGUGUUUGGGCAACUCUGCUGGACUCGUAGGAUUCAGCCAGAACACGUCUGCGCCCAUGAGCGAGGAUUGCCUCCAGAUUAACAUCAUCCGCCCUUCUGGCAUUAAGAAGUCUCGUAAGCUUCCGGUCUUUGCCUGGAUUCACGGCGGCGCCUGGGUUGAGGGUAGCGCAGGGGAUCCCAGAUACAAUGGCUCAUUUUUAGUCGAGACGUCAGUUCAGAUGGGCACGCCUAUCAUCUUUGUCAGUUUUAAUUACCGCCUGGGCGUUUUUGGCAUGAUGAACGGGCCGGCUGCAGCAAAGGCUGGGCCACCGAAUGUCUUCAUCCACGACCAACGCCAGGCGCUUCGAUGGGUACAGGAAAACAUCGCAUAUUUCGGCGGCGAUGCUUCGCGAGUCACUAUUGCUGGGGAAUCUGCAGGCGCUUCUUCUGUCGGUCAGCACCUCAUCGCUUAUGGAGGUCGGGACGAGGGGCUUUUCAGCGGCGCUAUUGCGCAAAGCGGAGGUCCUCUAUCAUCGUCUUCAUAUCGCAACGCAACUGAGAUGGAGGCCUACUCGAACAAAGUACUAGAGGAAACGGGCUGUACUGAGGCGAAAGAUCAUCUAUCAUGUCUGCGUGCUGUUCCCGCCAAGGCGCUGAGAAGAGUCAGUCAGAUGCUUCCUACGGCCUGGGUCGUCGAUGGUGAGCUUUUUACGUCAACUAGCUCACGUCUUCUCGAGUCGGGAUCGUUCGUUAAAGUUCCUCUCCUGACUGGGUCUAACCGAAAUGAAGGCACGUCUUUUACGCAGCUACUUGGUUUAACAGUAAACUCUGAUGAUGAGUUUUUGGCGUCCGUCAAGGGACUUCUUGGGCGACCUGUGGAAGAAGCAGCCUUGGCCAAUUGGUCCACGUUGUAUCAGAUGGAAGUCGAUAGGCCCUCUCCUGCAGGCUUGGGAUCAAUUCUGUCUAAUCCAGACCCACAGCUAGGAGCUCAGUAUGGAAAGACAAGCCUCUGGCUUGGAGAUGCUCUCUUUACGGCUGGUCGACGAUUCGCCAACCAGAAGUGGGCUGAUUACCGCACGCCAAGCUAUAGUUAUUUCUUUGACACUCUGCCUGCCAACCUGGACCUCGAAACACUCGGCGUGGCUCACUUUCAGGAAAUUCCAUUUACCUUUGCUAAUACCAAAGCCAUUGGUUGGGAUACCGACCCUUUCCCUUCUGAGCCUAAGAAGAGGCAGAAGUAUUUGAAGCUAGCUGAAAUUAUGAGUCGUAUGUGGAUCAGCUUUGUGGUUACAGGAUCACCUAACUUUCACUAUAUGUCCGAUUUGAAAGUAAAGUGGCCAGUAUACUCCCGGGACAGCCCAAGAAACAUGGUUUUUAGCGCUGAGAAUGGAGUCUCACUACAACAAGACAUUUGGAGGGCUGAGGCAAUUGAUAUGUUUUCCUCUUUAGCACCUAGCUUAGACUGGUAG